GGAAAGCUGGGCCGGCUUGAAGGCGGAAGUGCCGGGUUUACGGAAGCUUUAGUAAGGGCGGAAGUCGAGGCCUCGGCGGAAGUGGCGUCAGGAAGGGCGGAAGCAGUGUGGCCGGGGUGGGAGGCGGGGUUCCAUCCCCGCUGGGCUGCCGCCCCUGCCGGGCUGCAGCAAUGGAACUCAGCGCCGAAUACCUCCGGGAGAAGCUGCAGCGAGACCUGGAGGCAGAGCACGUGGAAGUCGAGGACACGACUCCCAACCGUUGCGCGUCCAGCUUUCGAGUUCUGGUGGUGUCGGCCAAGUUCGAGGGGAAGCCGCUGCUUCAGAGACACCGGCUGGUGAACAAGUGCCUAGCAGAAGAGCUUCUGCACAUCCAUGCCUUUGAGCAGAAAACUCUGACCCCAGAGCAGUGGGCCCGGGAGCAGCAGAAAUAAGAAACCAAGGCCUGCACAGCCAUUAAAUUAUGAAUCAGGGCCA